UAUAUGUUGCUGUCGAUUCACUCAACCCCUUGGAGAAAAGUAAAACCUCCCACUUUCUCUCCUUACACCAACCAAACCCAGACUGCCAAAGAUAAUUUUUGAUUACAUAAUGUUAUAGUCUCUUUAUUAUAUAUGUGAUCCUCCAGUCCAAUCUGACAGGGAAGAGAGAGAGAGAGAGAAGCUCCUCUUAUUUCUUUCAUUAUUGGGUAUCAGUUUAUAUAUUUGUGCAGUUUCUUCAGCUGAGCUGAUAGCAAAUCUGAAGAAAUAUUGCUAUUCUUUUGGUGGGUUUAUUUUGUACUUGAAUCUUUUGGAAGAAAAAAAAUGUCGGGGUGGUGGGAGUGUUAUUGCUCAUGCGAUGAUGACAGUUUGGAUGAGGAUUUUCCUGUGGGAAAAAAGCCUUUUUCUCUUCCUUCACCCCUUCCACAGUGGCCACAAGGUCAAGGUUUUGCCACAGGGAAGAUAUGCCUAGGAGAAAUAGAAGUCAUUAAAAUCACAAAGUUCUCUGAAAUAUGGAGCUGUGUCCCGCUGCGAGGAAAGGAGAAAGGUGUCACUUUUUAUAAGCCUGUGGAAAUUCCAGACGGAUAUUUCUGCCUUGGUCACUAUUGUCAACAAAAUGAUGCGCAGUUGAGAGGUUACGUUCUUGUGGCCAAAGCAAUAUCCACCACUAAGCAUCGAGGUGAUGAAAUACGGGGAUCAACUUCAGACUCUCCGGCCCUGAUAAAGCCUCUUAGUUACAGCUUAGUAUGGAGUGCCAAUUCUCGAAAUAAUGGAGAAGGUUAUAUUUGGCUCCCGAAUGCACCAGCAGGUUAUAAACCAAUGGGUUUUGCAGUUACUAUUGAAUCUGAUGAGCCUGAUCUUGAAGAAGUAAGAUGUGUUCGAGAUGAUCUCACUGCAAGUUGUGAAGCUGGUGAUGUGAUAUUUGACCUAAGCUCUUUCUUAUCGAAGGACGAAUUUCAAGUUUGGAAUACUAGACCGUGCAAAAGGGGAAUGUUCUGUAAAGGUGUUCCUGUUGGGACAUUCUUCUGCAGUAGUAACCAGAGUUCUAAAGAUGAAUUGAACAUUGCAUGUUUGAAGAAUUUUGACUCGUCCCUUCAUGCAAUGCCGAAUCUUGAUCAAGUCCAUGCACUCAUUAAGCACUAUGGACCUACUGUUUUUUUCCAUCCGGAUGAAGUUUACUUGCCCUCGUCUGUUUCAUGGUUCUUUGAAAACGGAGCACUUCUGUACAAAGAGGGAAGAGAAAAAGGUUUAGACAUUGACUCUAAGGGCUCAAAUUUGCCUGGUGGUGGGUCGAAUGAUGGAAAAUUCUGGCUUGAUUUACCAGACGAUGGUGAAAAUAGUGAUUAUCUCAAGUGUGGUAACCUUGAAAGCGCAGAGUUAUACGUUCACAUAAAACCAGCUUCAGGGGGGACUUUCACCGACAUUGCCAUGUGGAUCUUUUGCCCAUUCAAUGGUCCAGCUACACUUAAAGCAGUGAAACUGAAUAUUUCUUUUAACAAAAUAGGUCAGCAUGUUGGCGAUUGGGAGCAUUUUACUCUCCGCCUGAGCAACUUCACUGGAGAACUUUGGUGUGCAUAUUUUUCAGAACACAGUGGUGGUGAAUGGCUGGAUGCAAGUGAGUUGGAGUUCAUCAAGGGAAAUAAGUCGAUUGUAUAUUCAUCAAAAAGUGGCCACGCUAGUUUCCCACAUCCGGGGUGCUAUAUUCAGGGCUCUACGAAACUUGGAAUAGGAUUGAGGAAUGAUUGUGCCGAAAGCAAGUAUAUGGUGGACUCUAGCACCAAGUACCAAAUUAUUGCAGCUGAGUACCUUGGAGACGGAAAUUUUACAGAACCACAUUGGUUACAAUAUAUGCGGGAAUGGGGUCCGACGAUUGUUUACAAUUCACGAUCUGAACUGGAGAAGAUACUCAAACACCUUCCAUUUUUCAUUAGGUUUUCGUUGGAAAAUCUCAUCGAAAUUUUACCAACUGAACUAUAUGGCGAGGAGGGGCCAACGGGGCCUAAGGAGAAGAACAAUUGGGAGGGAGACGAAAGGUGUUGAACCUUCUUAUACUCUGGGCUCAAAUACUCUCAGUUCUCCAUUUUCCCCAUGUGACAAAAUAUUACACUAGAUCCCAAGGCAUUGUUGGACUGCUCUUUCUAGGAAAGGAUUUGCAUGGACGACCUCAGAUUUAUUGAGAUAAUGCUUGGUUUUUUGUUACAGCCUUACAGGUAGAAUUGGAGAUCAAGUUCAACAUGGGCUAGUCCACGGAGGUGUAAGAGUGUGUGCAUGUGUAUAUGUUAUUUCAUUAUAUAUUGUAUUAUUAUUACUUCAAAUUAAUAUUUGGCGCCCUUCUAUUCUUUGUGGGGCUAAGCUUGCUUAUAAAUACUUGUAUACGGUGUCUUAAAGAGUGUGUGUGGUUAAAAAGUAGAUAAAUGAUAGAACUAUAUAAAGUUUUAUGUUGGCUGUAAAUUUACUGCGAUCGUGCUCAUUUGCUACGAAUGGGUUUAUUAUUACAUUGGUCAA